ACGAGCGCUGGCGUCUAGGAUGAAACUUGGCGUGCGGUCGUCCAUUGCCAGCGUCGCUUUCACCGUGGUGCAACCAAGGUGCAACGUGCAACCUUUGUGCUUGGCUUUGGACGCCAUUGCUGAAAAACUCGUAGAGGCGGCAGGAGGUGGAUGGUUCACUGAGCGUGGUCUUCCCUGACCGACAUCGUCCUUACUUCCAUGCCAGGUUUCAACGCGUGAGCGCCGUUGCAGUGCUGACAAAUCGUACGUGAAGUGCGCAUGUGUGUGAAGUAGUCAAGUGGCACGACCACUUGUUGACAACUUUGUAAAUGGCACCUAAGAGGAAGGAUCCCUGCGACAAUUUCGAUGUCGCAUUUAUGCCGUUGGCUAAAAGAUGUGCCGGCGAAGAUGAAGCAGCGCCCGACUGUCGCAACAGCUCAAGUGAUGCUAGUGUGGAUCCGCCAGAUUUCAAGAGACCCAGUCUAGAACAGCUAAUGUAUUACGAUCGUCCUUGCUCUGCGAGGACAUCUGGACAAAGAUGUUGGCUGAGCGUCGAAAUGUGUCUAUGGAACAGAGCACUGCACAACCUUGGUUUCGAACUUCUCGAGCACAAGCCUGGCAAGGUUAUAUUGCAGUCAAUGCCCUACGCUAGGGCUGACAACAAACACUCCAGUGUUUGUUCCAGUCUUUGUUCCGUCCAGUCUUCGUGCCUACUUACGCGGCUUCUUGAGCGCCACUGUUGCAUCGACGAGCUUAAGCUGUUCUCUCGGAAGCUUCCCAGCAACGCCGACUACACUGACAAUCCAAACAAAAAGUCCUACCCCGUUCGCUUGGCUGCUGCGCUGCGAGACGGCCCCAUCCGCAACAUUCGCAGGCUUAAGCUUGUGCUCUCCAAUACCCCCGGAGAGAAUCCCGACGAAGUGCCCAGGCGCCACGAAUACGUAUUCGAGGGCCUCAAUGCUGUCGCCGGUCUGGAAGAGCUCGUGAUCGAUUGUCCCGAGAUCAAGUUCAAAUUUUCAUCAGAACUGGAAGCGCUGCUACGACGCAAUGCCGGCACCCUCAAAAGAGUCAAGAUCGUCCAAGCGACUCUACCAAGGAAUGUGUACCAUGCGUUACAAUACCUCGUCAACUGUGAGUCGCUGACGUUUAACCCACCUCGAAAUAUUGACAGACGCCUCCCGACCACCGACCCCGUGGCACAACUUCUGGGGAAGACGAACUCCCUGAAGAAAGUCAGUGUUAGUUCCAUAUAUCGCGCUCAGCUUAAACCACUGGCGAAGGCCAUCAACACCUGCACUUCUUUGACAGAGCUGACCGUGCAGUUCGCAAAUACGAGCUGCUCAAUGGGCGCUUUAUUUUCUGCGCUUAGAAGCAACACUACCGUGGAGAAACUGUAUGUUAAAGAAGGUGUUGUUACUCAAAGAAACGAACGCGCUCUGGCAUUGGCACUGAAAUACAACACCUGCCUUCGUACCUUGGAAUUUGAGGAAUGUGUGUUUCUUGAAAGCACCACGAACUGGGCAAGAGCAUUGAUGAUAAACUCGACGUUGGAAGAGCUUCAUAUGUCUCUCAGGCUACGUGUGGCACUAGUACGACAACUCUGCCAGGCACUGGCUGUAAACAAGACUCUAAAAAGGCUGACUAUUGGAUGCUUGGAUGCUUGCAUGCAAGUGAGAGUAUCCUUGGCGGAGUACUUGGCUGCGAACAGCUGCUAUGGCCGUGUGCAACUACCCUGGAGCGAGCCUGAUAUCCCGGGUUUGACAGCUGUUGUGGUGUGCCCUGAAUUGUGCCCCGAAGCAGUGAUCUUGCCAAUAAUUUCACAUAUAUCGGAGAGAAGUCUGACGACCCUUCUUCAAGCUAUUGGUGUAAGCAAGCGCAUUCACACCUUUAAGUUAUGCCUUGGAGAUGCCGCCGGUGCUAAGGGUGCAGCUGUCUGUGAAAUGCUGAAGACUACAGAUUACAUCAGAGUAGUGGAGAUAGGAAUGGGGCAUGAUGAGGGGUGUCAAUUCCAUGACCUAAUGCAUGCCCUGGCGGCAAACAGAAGCAUCAAACAGGCGACAAUCUCUGUUCAUGCCAUCAACAGGCUCGAAACCGCUGAAGAUCUCUCAUACUUACUGUCGCACAACACGACACUAAAUGGACUUGCCUUAUACUCGGACUCUAGUUUCAGUGCUGAAUUUGUGCGGGAGCUUUCAAAAGGAAUGUGGAGGAACAAUCACAUUGUAGAGUUCAAAAUAGCCCCCAAGUUGCAGUGCACUGAUAAUGAGAGCUUUAUCUUAUUUGAGAAAGUACGAAAGAACAGGGGUGUUCUGAACCGUGCAGUUGAUUUUAUUUUUCAGCACAGGACAGACCGACUAUGUGCAGAAGCGUUUCAGUUGUUUGCUAGAAGUGCCCGUCAGUUUAGUUACAUAGCAAGAUUCAGUGGGAAAACGGAAGCUGAGGUAGCUGCGGCUGUAGUCUCAGCUACGAACAUUUUGAAGGACGACUAUUUCGUUAUCACAGGAGUUGUCCAGAACUCCGUUAGAUGCCAUCCUGCAAACAGCACACAGAUAGAUGCUCUGAACAGUGACUGCUGGCAUGCAAUUGCAAACUACCUUAGUGUUUACGACGUGCUCUGCCCCGUAUCUUGAUUUUCCUUCCAAUGUGCACCAUAGUUGAUGCCAGGUUUAGUGAACAGUGCCUCAUUUCCCAUGCCCUGAAUAAGGGCAAGGUACAAGAUACAUAUAUCUUAAGCUUUUGCUUGUAGCAUAUUGGAACCUUAUGGUUGGUUGUGUCCUUGAAGUCAACAUGUUCAAGCAAUUAGUGAACCGAUCUUGCCAUGUUUACAGUGCUUGCAAACCUGUGCUUUGAGCACUACGAUUCCUGCAGUUCACACAGCUUUCCCCACUGCUCUCAGGUUCAAGACAACGUUGAGGGGAACGUCAUUGUGGAUUUUUCUAGCAAAUUUUUUGAAGUGCUUAGGGAUCCUAUUCGAUCUUGUUGUACAAUCAUUUUAUUCUCGCCUUACUGCCUCCUGAUCUUUAGAUCUCAGUUGGCUAUUUGUCACAGUGAAAAAGAAGUGGAAACAAUGUUGACUUAUGUGCCUUUUACCAUGACCUAAUUACUGGCAUUCAUUGCAGUAGCUGUAGCAGCGAUGGCACAUUGAGACUUGUAGUAAGAUCGGUCUAUGAGUAUUCAUUAGUCUGAUCCAUUAUUAUAUAAAUUGCAUGCGUAUUUUGUGGCCACAGUGGCUCUCAUGAUUGUCUCAAUAACUGGUCGUGUUAUUUGUGUAAUUAAUUAGUGUUGCUUUUUGAAGGACAGUGAAGGGAGAUACUGACCGAUCACUAGUAAUUGAUAACUUUUAUCUUCACCUUUCAGCCAUUACCAUAUGUGUAUCCACUGCGUAAUGUGCCUUAACACAGUGUGGCUUUGAUUUUCAUUCGUUUGAAACAAUGUGUGCAGUGGUAGUCAUGACACUGGUGAUGUUACUACAGUGUUCAAAGCUUAAGAUGGGGCAGUGCUGUUGGUACUGAAUCCUAUUUGUGAUGAUUUACAAACUCUCACUGUGAUAACUUUCUUUGAUCUUUUGCCACGGACCUUUCCAAAAAGCCAUGCCUGUCCACUAGUGGCAGUUACUAGGAAGGCUGGGAGUAGGGUUUGCAAUUCGCUACACCACCUGCUUCUGUGGGUUUCUCCCUGUUUUUCAUAUGUGUGCAUAUUUCAAAAUAGUACAGUCAAUUGAACUUUCCUGAAUUUGUUUUAUAUUAAAAAAAAAUAAAUUAAAUUAUGGGGUUUUACGUGCUAAAACCACUUUCUGAUUAUGAGGCACGCCGUAGUGGAGGACUCCGGAAAUUUCGACCACCUGGGGUUCUUUAACGUGCACCUAAAUCUAAGCACACGGGUGUUUCUCGCAUUCUACCACGCAGUGUUGAUAAAGGUCAUUUAGCUUAAAUGAAAGUUUUAAAGACACAUUUUCAACUUCAGCUCAUGUUGCAUGUCUUGUUUCCUUUUAUGGUAAAAUAAUAUUUUCAAGUAUAUAAAACUAUUUGGAAAGUUAGAACAUCUUUGUUAUGUUCUGCCUAAACAAAACAGACAUAGCAAGCUCUUUAGCCUCCAAUAACUAACACACUGAAAAUUACUUGCCAGUUGUUUGGGUUGUUUCACAACUGCAAACUCUUGAAUUUUGUGUUAAGAUUACAAAUGACUUGUUCUAGUACAGUUUUACUAACAUUUCAUCAAACACUGAAAAAUAAGUUAUGUUAACACAAAAAAAAAACUCACUGCCCUUCCACCCUGUUAAGAAGGAUGACCAGCGAAACUGUGUAUGUGGGCCCCUUACUGCAUCUCCACCGCGGGUCGGCCCAGCAUUGCACUAUCUUUGCGAUCGGUACACGAAUGGGGAGGGCUUAACACCUGCUUUACCUCCGCCGUAGUCAGCCUGAUAUUGCACCAUCUUUGGGAUUGGCCCAUGUAUGUGGAGUGCUUAAUGCCUGCUUCACCUCAGCCACGGGUCGUCCCAGCAUUGCACUACAUUUGGGAUCGGCCCACGUAUGGGGAGUGCUUAACACCUGUUUCACCUAUGCCACGGGUCGGCCCUGCAUUGUACUAUCUUCGGGAUUUUGUGUCUGCACACUGACAUAAUCCUGGGGGAACUAGCCCAUAACAACUUCGCUGUAAAAGCUUCCCUGGCUAUAACCUAAGGAAUCUUCUAAUGCUGAAAGGACAAUAGAGGUAGGGUACCUGCAUCAAGCAAGUCUGUUUCUACAAGUUCUUGAAACAGGCGAAAUUGCAAACAGCAAAACGUCAUUGUGGUCUAAGAGCACUGUGUUGCUUGUCAGUUUCUCCUCUUCCAAGUUUGCUGCUGCUGCUGCCUGUGCUGCAUCUUCAAUAAAGUUAGUAUGUAUCCCACGAAAGGCAUGUGCCCAGAGCAAGCUAAAAAUAAAUUAUUUAAUAAAAGCUAAGGUUUCCUUAUAAGUGUUGUGUUUGACACUACACUUGAUUGACACUUUUUUUUUUCCUGGCAUACACGAGGGCCCCUAUGUGGACGGAACCAAACUCGUAGCAUGCUGCAUCAUGCUGCAUCAUCACACAACAAGCACCCGAGGUGCUAGUGCAUGCUCAUGCACAAUGCUAUGAGCUCUACAUGCAUAUGUGCCUGGCCUAAAAGCAUAACAUAAGCCAGUGCUAGAGCAUUCCUUCUGCUACGGUCAUGUCAGUAGAAUAAGUGGAUAAUCACUCAUAUGCACUCGCCAGUAUUUUCGCAGGCUUAUACUCACUCACACUUAUGUUUACUAACCUUUGUUGGCACCCACUAAUAUUUCUACUAGCCCAUUCAUGCUCACUUCUAUUCACACUUACCAGCACCCACUAAUGUUCAUACCCGUGCCCACUCCCACUUCACAAGCAUUCACUCACAUUCAUACCACUCAGUCACUGAGUCAUUCACGCGUCCACUCAACAUCAUUGCCACUGACCCUCAUUUGUACUCUUGUAAACUGACACUCACUCCUGUUCAUACUCAUGUCGUCACCCCUUUUGCCAUUGAAUUUUAAAACCUUAUAAUAAAUGACACUCUUUAUGCGGAACACUUAGAUGCGUCAAUUAAUGAUCAGAAGGACCUACUCUAACGACUCAGUAUGUUGGUAGAAAAUCAUCAAAAUCAUUUCAGGGUCCCUUUAAGAAACACAUUUAAUAUUCAGUAGGCAGCCUCGCACCAUUAUAGGCCGUCUGCUCAUGUCUGCCUCUUUUUGGUUCAAAAGUGAACCUUCAGCUUUUAUGCUUCACAGGUGCUGCUAUUCACGACUUAAAAAGCACAUACAUCAUAAUUUGGGAAAUGGCGAAGUGGUUUGCUCUUAUUGUAUUUGUAACUGUUGGGGCAGUCUAGUACAGUGGUACUAACAUUGCAAUUCUGCUGCUGGUAAAGACUGGCGGUUUUUCUUCUGGCAUCUGUUUCAAUAGCAUUGAAGGACACCACGGGUGCGAUCGGAGAUGGUUGUUCGGCGCGUUCGUUCGGUUACCGGCGCGCGCGAUUUGCUUACUCCGCACCGACGUCGCCAGCCACGGGGCCUUGCCACAUUUUUGGCGACGUCAAAAUGACGACACGCUCCUGUCAAUCAUCCUGCCACUGAGCAUUUCGUCUGCUAGGCGCCGAACCCGACGGGAGCUGGGAAGUUUGGAGUGAUCAUAUGGCUUCGCAUGGCGCGUCUGGUGGAUUGAAUCCAACCGGCGGCUGCGGCAUGGCACGUUUGGAUCCAAUCCAUAGUUCAAUUCGAGAAAAUGCCGCUUCCGUUGGGAACUUAGGUUGUUGUGUUGGCAUUUCUAGAGGAAGGAGGGGAGCGGGUGGCGGUGCGAAACGCGUUUGAAGAAAUGGCAGAAAGUGAAUUCCGGCGUCGUUUUUGUUUCUCGAAACAAGUAAUUCGUUGGUUGUACAGAUAUAUCGACCCCAUCAUCGGUUCCAGCUAGCCACUGGAAUCUUGUCGCCUCUUGAAAAGUGCGCCACUCUUCCUGUCAUUUUUUUUUUUUUCUCUCGCUGUGUCUGACACCACCUAGGGGCCAUGCAAAGGAACUAAUAGUUAUAAAUUGCAGUAGGCACAAGUACUGCUAUUUGAAAACGUGUUUGGGCUUGAGAAGAAAAAAUACAUUUUUUUAGAUAAAAAUUUCAUUCAUUUGCAAGACAAGAAACAUUUCGUCUUGUAGUAUACUGUCUGCAAGCAGACGACAAACGACAGAAGUAAACUUCCGGGGAGGUCACCGCUUCCUGAUUGACUGCUCUCUCCGCCCCGCUGUCAUAAAUUUUGCACACUGCAACUUUGUGGGGUUGCAGCAACUGAACAGAACGCAUAUCGAACAAAAUAUCUCCGAUCGCGCCCCAUGUUUCGAACAAGAAUUAAUGGGGGGAAAAAAAGAAAUAGGGCAUCAUUGACUUACAAUGAAUGAGACUGUGAGGCCAGCAGGGGCUGUUUGCAUUUGGUGAUGUGCAUAAAUGCAAUAGGCACGAACUCCUGUUAAGCCUUACUCUCACGACACUUUGGAUGUAGCUACCAAGCCCAUGUGGCAGUGUACUUUUUGGAAAGGUCCGUUUUACAGCAUGGUGCACUGUUAAAGGGAACACCUUGCAACUGAUAAGGCCGUAACUGGAACAUUUCUUCACUUUUACCCGAAAUGAGUGGUUGAUGUAACGACAUGUAUAUAUAAAAAUUUGGCCUGUAUAUAUGUUGGCAAUAAUGUAUGGCAGAAUACCAGCUGCGUGUGUCCUUUAACAGUGGAUCAUGCCAUACAUUUUAUAUGUAAGUGAACAUUUGUACCUGUUUUUGGUUUUUAGAGCAUGUAAGUUGGUUUUAUGUGAUAGUAGAAUGUCAGAAAAAAUACAAUUUUUUAGCUAGUCUAGCUGUAAAAUUGCCUGUUAUAGUGGGUGCACAAGGUUUUGAUGACAUGUAGUGACGACUUCCUGAAUAACAGCAUUAUUUCAGACAAGAUUCUAUAUAUUCAUUCGAAAUACUUCACAGUGUUUCUAUUGCUGCUUUUUUUUUUUAGGGCUGCUAAAUAAAACCAACUUCGGCCUCAAUUACUGACUGAAUUUAGUUACAAUAAUGGUAACAUACUUGAUUCAGAUAGUGUGUUGACGUUUUGAAGUGCUUCCACAAUAACAGCCUGUAGCGACUUUUUAUAAUUAUGUGGCUGUUAGUCUUUCUCUUAUGCCUGCCAUACACAGCAGCAUACAGGUUAGUCCACUGUACUUUGAGUGAUGUGGCCACAGAAGUUCAGAACCAGAUAUUCUUGGGUUGCACAUAUGCUGAAGGAGCAAGCAAAUUCACCAAUUAAGAGCAGCACAUGUUCACAUCGUGCACAGAAACAUUGACUGUUGACUCAGUGACUUCAAGCUGCUCGGCAAUGGGCAUAAUCAGGUUUUUCAUGGUUCUCACUCAUCAUGGCCUCCACCUUUUCGAGAAACUCAACUGCCUGAAUAGCGUCUGACAAGUUGUGUGGCAGUGCUUAUUUGUCCACGUCAGAGAUUAUAAUUGGCCAUAAACUCUCAUCUUGCACUAAAAACAAAGGAUUUUGGGGCCUUCAGAAAGGUGGCAAUCGCUAGGUCACUGUGGUUGGCACUUAAGGCAACUAGAACAAUGUGUGGCUUCAUCUCCUUUGUGAGAGUGGAAGCUCACACCAUGGAAUAAAUGUGGUAGAUAGGCGGCGAAGGGGUUGGUGUGGCCAAAGAUAAGCACCUAGGCAGAUAGAACAAGAAUGUUAAUGUCUAUGGUGUUUUCAAGCUGUGUCCUCAAAUACCUUGCGCACCUGGUAUUGCAGAAGGGGCACUGUUGUGGAUACUCAUACUUGCACUGUAACUGCUGCAAUGGCUGCAACUUGCUGUGACCCAUUUGUUUUGUCUGUAUUUACUUUGUACCUUUUUCUUUGCAUUUUGUCUCAUUUCAAUGUGUGUGCUACUACUAGCUUUGACUUGACUUUACUAGUUCUUACUUUAUUUUGGCUUCCAUCAGUUUGUCUUGCAUGUGUGCCUCUAUGUUACGACUUGCUCAAACAAUGCAUCAGUCUAGCUAAGCCUAUUAUUGGAUGAAUUGGUGCUUCUACUAUGUUUCACUAGUUCCAUACAGCGCGAUAGAAGCUAUAGGAUUCGUCGAUAAAUCAGUGGGCCGAAAAUAUCCUAAAGGUGCCCUUCCACACCUUGUCGUCUUCUAGCGGCGAGGCUGCAGUGCAGGCGGUGGCAGCAUCUACUAAGGCUGCAGUUGCGUAGCGACAUCACCUGUUGUGAUAGCAGUGGUAGAAAAUUUGUUCCAUAUUUGACACAAAAAAGGCUGUGCAUUAAGAUAUUUCGAGAUACAGAAGAGGAGGAGGGUAACAAAGGUCGCGGAAGUGGAGGGUUCAGAAGGACCACUUGGCCAGCUUGUCGCAGGGGAUGGUGGUGCCAUCUCUUGAUCCCUCUUGUAACGUCGACUUGUACACAGUGCACUUGUUGCCAUUCAUGAGUGCAGCCGUUUCCUUUGUUAGGAUUUGGGCAUGUUUACCACAAUCCUUCUGCGCUGUUCCAAGCAUGUUCAAUGCCAACUUAUUCGUUCCUUUCGCAUAACAGAGCAGCUUGGAAUGAUACCACACAAGUGAGUCUGCGGAUGUCAUUUUUGUGAAGGACGAAGGAGGCAUUCCUCCAUUUGAAUUUAACCACUGUUAAGCAAUUAUAUGGUUAUACUUUUUAUAUGUAAAUCAGUGCCCAUAUGAAUGCAUUGCAUUAAUUUUUUCGUUCCUUGCAUGUUUUCAUUCGAACAAGUGGAGAACUCUAUUUUCAGUAUCAUAAAUCCACAAUAAAUAUUUUAUUAAAGAAUAAAGCAAAAUUGCACGAUAAACCGCACUGUGACCUGCAAAGAUGCUUCCAAGUAGACGCUUGCCAACAAAACCACUUGUAAAGGCCAUCGUCCACUCUUCAAUCAGUCAUCCAAUGGCUUAUGAACUGUAGUAUUAUAUAUCACUGUGCAAGAAUCUGCACUUGCAGGUCGUGUAGCCUUGGCUCUGCUGCGCAGAACUACUUAAACAGAGUGUAUAUGCCAUGGUAUAGCAGGUGCGAAGAAUGCAGGCAAACAAAGAAAAACAGACAUGAAUAAAUGCCACUAUCAGCUAAAAUUAAUUUUGUGCAGAAAAGAAUAUCUGCAGGAAGUGAAGAAACAUGCAUCGUGCAUACAGAAUGUGCUAACGAGGACAUGACACGACACAGUGUCGAAUCACCAAUAUAGCCUUUCCAUACAUUGUUUCAGUGUCUAAACCUUUGUCCCGCACUACUGCUUGGGCCUACAAUAUUGGACUGCAGUAGCCUGUAAAUAAAUAAAUAAAAUAAGCAUGACUCUAAGAAUGCAAAUUCAGUGAUAUACAAAGAAAGAGAUGUAUCACGGACACAUUUAUCACGAUAUUUCUUGACAUAAAAUGCGUCCAGUGAUUUGAGGAUGUAAAAAUUCUGGGCAGGAGAAAAGAUGCUGCCACGAGAGGUACAUUGGAGGCAUUCUAUAAUAAGAAAUAUUACAUGCGUCAUUGAUAUGACCCUUUCUUUGUAUACCGCUGAACUUGCUUUUCUGGAGUCAUAUCUGUCAUUGGACACUGCUUCACGUCACGUCCUUGUUGGUGCUUAUUGUAUGUAUGAUGCACAGGUGCCCACUUGUACAAAUAUCUUUUUCUGCUCAAAACAAACUUCAGUUAGUAGUGGUAUUUGUUUGUAUUUGUUAUCAUCCUUGUCCACAUACGUUGUGCCAGCUAUACCAUGGCCCUGCAUCAGUCUGCCACAGGCUGUCGUAAAUUUGUAGGCUAAGUGCAGUAUGCAAUUUGAAUUCUGCCUCAACAUUGACAAAUGAACAGUGCCUUGCCUUGGAGUGGGGGCAUGCAUAUCAACCUUUUGAUGCUCCUGCUAUCUAGCUGAGUCGUUUUUCGAGCGCUGAAGUUUUGGUUCACUAUUCCUAAUGGCCUGAAUGUCUGCACUCGCAGAUUAUUCGUAGCCCUCAUCACCAGUUGUGUUUGCCUCUGGUGUUCAGAGAGAAGUCAUCUCUUUGCAUUGUGAUACUGUGUUCCUUCUGAAAUCCUCAGGUACUUUUUUGUUUUGUAUUGAUCAUUGUGUGCCCAUUAGCUUCUUAAUUAAGGUGACACAAAUGUGACAAGUUGUUGCUCCUGUGUGAUGUUUUAUUUGUCACCUGUGUGAUGAAAGUGACUGUAUUGUCUUACAAUGUGUCAGUGUUUAGUGUUGCUUUUAUAACUGUGACUUAAUAAAGUUUAUGCAUCACUGAG